AUGGACGAUUGCCAUUUCAAUGCAGCAGAUGUCGGCAAUAUCUCAAGACGCAAGCCGCAGUAUGAUCAUGACAUCUCGGCACUUGAUCGAGGAGAGACUUUGAUGGAAUUCGCGCGCCGUGACAUCGUGAUUCGCGUUCGGCAGUAUCUCAAAGCUGAGGUUGAGCGAAGAUUUGCGGGUGUGGCACCAGAGCUUAUAGCCGAGCUGAGGGAUAUCGUCCGCAAUAUGGGGCCAUCUCUGAUGCAAGACUUCGAGAGGAGCCAGGAACAAGCUAGCACCAUCGAUCAAGAAGAGGCCCUUAUGGGACCGCCUCCGCCACCGGUUCUCGACGAAUCAUCGACGACUACAGCCCAGAUACCUGGCAACGACGAGGGAGAGAUGGCCGUGGUCCCAGGAACCGUUCUCAAUACGGAUAAUAACUUGACGAGAAACUUUCCCCUCGACGAUCCGCAUCAGGAAUUUUAUUUUGCCUGGCCAGAAGCGAGCGGCAUGGGGACGCAGGACCAGAGAAUAGUCGAAGAAGAGGAACCGUUGGACCCUUCAUUGUUGGACGUUGACUUUGAUUUUGACUUCCUUAAUUCUGAAGGAGACAACGACACGUUCUAG